AUUCUCACUGCCUCUCCCGACCGUGCGAACUCUCAUGGUUCGCACCUCCGACCUUCUGCAAUGGCCGAGGUUCAUGCGUGAACCACAAAACCGGGACUUGGUCGUGCCAAAGGAUUACUACGACUUCCUCGCUUAUGUAGCAGUAUGGGGGGUCCUUUACUUUGUUCUCCGGAAGUUCGUCUUCGAGCACAUACCACAAACGGAAGCCCGGAACUGUCAGCUGCAGUCCCAGUCGAAUGUAUCAAGCCGGUGGGAGGGUCUGCAUCGGCAGUGAGGCAGCGAAAGCCAAACGGAAAACCUGGAUCCAAUUCGGCCAUGAAGAGAAAACCAUCCGAGGUCAAUGGUCGGCCAACGUCUCCCAGCAGGCCUAGGAGAGUGGAUGACAGGGAAAAGUUCACCCUUUCCGCAUGGAAGUUCUUCAUGUUCGGGAUCAGCACGCUCGUGGGGAUCUACCUGUAUCGGAAGGAAGGAUGGCUUUUGGAUCCGAAGGCAUACUGGGAGAAUUGGGGACAACCGGGAAUGAUGAGCGAUCUGGUCAAAUUCUACUACAAACUCGGCUUCAGCGCAUAUGCUUUCCAUUCGAUCAGUAUCUUCUUCGAACCGAAGCAAAAGGAUUUUGCAGUCAUGGUCACCCACCACGUGAUCACCUUACUUCUCAUCUACCUCAGCUAUGUGUGGCCGUACUUUCGGGUAGGAGCCGCCAUCCUAUUCUUGCACGAUAUGAGUGACCCGUUCAUGGAGCUGGCAAAAAUGGCGCUUUACACUGGCAGGACAAAGCUUGCUGAUUACUUGUUUGGGGUGUUUGCAAUGGUCUUCAUCAUCACACGCAACUACAUAUUCCCGGUCUACGUUAUUGGGUCUAUCUUUAAAUACGGCGGAGAAGGGGACCACGCCAUUUUGUAUGGAGACUUUACCGUUCGAGACGCCGCAACAGUCUGCCUGUGCUUACUGGAAGUCCUUCACAUUUUCUGGUCGUCACUGAUUGUAAAAAUGGCGUACAAAGCACUGACGACAGGGGCGGUUGGGGAUGACACACGUAACGACGAUUAGACGAUUAGGGCUCCAUCGAGCCGAGGAGUUAUACCGAUAGAAUUCAC